AGACUAACUCCUGCCCAAACCUCUGCUUUCCUGCAAGUGACCGCUUAUAGCCUGUAAACGCCGAAACAUUCUAUUGCGUAACCGAUAUGGCUCGUACUCCCUUCCCCUUGGAACUGAUUGAAAAAAUCAUCGACAACGUUGGCGGGGAUAAAAAGACCCUAUUCGCUUGCUCCCUGGUUGGCAAGGAUUGGCUUCCUCGUAGCAGGUACCACCUGUUCCAUGAAGUCACGCUCAACCUCUGAGACGCGUUGGACUCGCCUGAGACGCUUGCCGACCUCCUGUUCAAAUUCCUGGAAAAUGAAUUGGACAGCUGUACGACUCAUACCCAACAUCUCAGUGUCAAUGCGGACGCCUCGAUCAAGACCGCGAAUCGCAAGCUGGAUACUCUAGACUUGGUAGUGCUCAUGAAGAUGAUGCCUAGCCUCCACCAUCUCGAAUUUCGCGCCGUGGAACUCAAGAUCAAGGACUUUCGUGACGUCCCCGAACAUGUUCCGCGCACAUAUCCGAACGUCCAAGUCAUGACCCUCAACCAUAUGGCCCUUGUCCAGAGAAUCAUUCCCCAGGGUACUACGUUCGAUUCCAAUAACAACUCGCUUUGUGACUUAUUACGAAUAUUCCCUAAUAUUCGGGACAUACGAUCAUUGGACUCUAUCAUAAUACCAGAUAGCGACAUAACUACCGACGUCAUCUUACCCCCGACUUUGGCUCUCGAGAGUUUGAGUCUUUAUGUGGAGAAAUAUUAUGAGCGGCGGCUUGGACAACUCGUGAGGGUGUUCUUCGCAACCGAAUCAGUGAAUUCCUUGAGGACUUUGGAUCUUGGAUGGAUUCAUGACCGCGAGGUUCAUGAGCUCCGAGAUUUUCCUCCCCAACUUAAGCAAAACCUACAACGUCUCCGAGUCGGCGCGCGGUGGUCGGAAGGAGACCUCUUUAAUGUGUUGCCAGGUCAAUUUCCUGCUUUCCCUAACGCAGAAACGCUCUGGGCAGACUCAGGCAUCGCCGGAUACGUGUCGCUUCAAUCGUUGUCCCUCCUCGUCGAAGACGAUGAUGCCUUCACCGUGUUUGAACAUCUUUCUUCAUUCGUUCGCAACAUUAAGCUGGAGUUCAGGCGCUUAAACCCUCCUCUGACUUCGGAGAUGACGCGGAGAGAGCACACGGACCCAGGGAGGUUUGACAGGUUCAAUUGGGGGAAUUUCCAACGUGAUAUGCAGCGUUUUCCUCUGUUGGAGUCCGUACAUAUUGGGAUGAUUGACCAGUCUGCCACCAAAGCAUCGCAAAUGAGCACGAAGUUGCAGAUGGUUCUUCGACAAGUCUUGCCCGUGUUGUCGAAUCAGGACUUACUACGAUUCUGAGCAUGUUCUAUUUUACUAGCUCACAUCUAACCCAAGUGUGUGUUCUUUCAAGUUCAUACUGUACUGAUAGUGCAUUGAACGAACCAGUACUAUGAACGGAUGAUCAGAAGGAGACAUAUGUAAAUUAGUUCGAACAUACUUAUGUCUUAUAGGUUAGCGCACACCUAC